ACGUCGCAGUUCCUGCUUCUCCGCUCCAACAAUGUUGCUAUCUCCAAGCGUCGCCGACCACCACCAUCGGCUUCUCUCCGCCGUCAAGAUGCAAACGACGACGAUGUUUCCGUCAGAAGAAGAGAUUUUGUCCUUAUGGGUGUCUCUGUUCUUCCGAUUUUGCAGUUCCGAUCACCAGCUAUGGCUGAUGAAAGAGGAGGCAAUGAGAUAAAGACAUCAUCGAAGCUUAAUCAACAAACUGAGGUUGCAGUAAGUGAAGAAGGAACAUCCCCAAAUCCGUUUCUCUCUCUCUUAAACGGUCUUGGAAUCUUCAGUGCUGGUGUUCUUGGUGCACUCUAUGCCCUGGCUCGGCAAGACGCACAAGCUGCUGAAGAAGCCAUCGAAUCUCUAAAGAACCAGUUGAAAGACAGAGACAGAGCGUCGAUUACCAAGGAGAAAGACUCUGAAGCAAGACUGCAGCAUGAGCAGGAAGAGCGGAACAAGGAGCGUAAAAAGGCACAAGAGGAUCAGUUUUCAUUGAUCAGCCAGUUGAAUUCUGCAAAGGACGUGGUGACAGGAUUAGGCCGGGAGAUAAGCAGCGAAAAGAAACUAUGCGAGGAGCUUAGAGUUCAAAUCGAAGGUCUGCAAAGUAAUCUAUCAAAGGCUGGUGAAGACAAAACGGCACUUGAUACAAAGCUCAAAGAAAAGCUUGGUUUGAUUGAGGAGCUACAAGAUCGGAUCAACUCACUUAGUUUGGAGUUGAAAGAUAAGGAAGAAGAAACUCAACGCAUUAGCACAUUACUGGCUGCAAAGGAAGCAGAACUGGAAAAACUCAACUCUGCUUACACUCAAGCUAACCGAGAUCUUGCUGGAGCAAAAUCAGAAACCAAACAGCUAAAGGAAGAAGUCACAAGAAGUCAAACUGAGUUGGAGUUAAAGAACUCUACCAUCGAGGAGCUCAACGCCAGAAUAAGCACUUUAGAGGCUGAGAAGGAGAGUUACAUCCGAAAGCUUGAUGAUGUCUCAAAAGAGUACAAUGCUUUGAAAUUGACUUCUGAAACGCGAGCAGCUGCUGAUGCAGAGUUCAUUAGCAGUAAAGAGAAGGAGACUCAGGACCUAAAGGAAAAGCUGGAUCAUGCGCUUAAGGAUCUAAAUGAGAGUAAAGACGAAGUUGCUGACCUUACUGAGAAGUACGAAGACUCGAAGAGAAUGCUGGAUAUAGAAAUGACUAGUGUAGAAAACUUGAAACAUGAGCUUGAAGGAACCAAGAAAGCACUCUGGGCGUCGAGAGAACGUGUCUCUGACCUGGAGACGCUGCUGGAUGAGUCGAGAGCUUUGUGUUCAAAGUUUGAAUCAGAGGUUGCUGUUGUUCACGCAGAGUUUGAGAAAGCUAAGGAAAGAUAUGAACAGAAUCUUGCUGAGGAAAGACGAAACAGUGAGAGUUUCGCUAGCAAACUUGCAGUGGAGAAAGAUCAUCUGAAGAAAGCUGGAGAAGAGCUUGAAGAACUGACCCGUGAAGUGGAAGAAUCUUCUGUCAAGAACCAGAGCCUCCAGAAAGAACUAGUGGAGGUUUACAAGAAAGCCGAAACCACUAAGAAGGAACUGGAAGAGGAGAAGAGGACGGUUUUGGCAUUGGACAAAGAGGUGAAAGCAAUGGAGAAGCAGAUGUUGAUGGAGAAGGAGGCGAGGAAGUCCCUUGAAGCAGAACUCGAAGAAGCAGUCAGGUCCUUAGAUGAGAUGAACAGAAACACAUCAACACUGUCAAAGGAGCUUGAGAAGGUGAAUAGCCAUGUCUCGAGUUUGGAGGACGAGAAAGAAGUGCUUCAAAGAUCACUACAAGAGGCGAAGAACGCAUCAAAAGAAGCUAAGGAAAACGUGGAAGACGCACAUAACCUCGUGAUAAGUCUAGGGAAAGAGAGGGAAGCGCUAGAAAAGAAAGUGAAGAAGCUCGAGGAGGACUUGGGCUCUGCAAAGGGAGAGAUACUGCGUAUGAGGAGCCAACAGAGUUCUGUAAAAGCUGUGAAUAGUACAGAUGAUGAAGAGAAGAGUGAUGAUAAGGUUACUGUGAAGAAAGCUGUCAGGAGGAGAAAGAGCAGUACCAGUUCUUGAAGAGACAAGGUUAUAAUGACCAGAGCUUGUAUUAUAUCUUUUGUGUAAAUUUUGACAAGAGGCAAGUGGCUCCAGAGUUUCAUCAUUGAUUUAUUAAUGGUGAUUCGAGAUAUAGAGUGAAAAGAUCAAUGCUUUGUAUCAGAGUAUUCAUUGUCUAAAUUAUGAUUUCAUACAAAUGUUUUAAAGAUGAAAA